GGGUUCGGGGCGACGGCAUAUACUACACAAUCCCAGGGCUUCUGCGUGUGCAUUCUUUGGUUGGUGAAGGCCCUGUUCGGCUGGACGUUUUGCCGCGGCUGAUUACUGUAGCGGCUGGGUUCUGUGAGAGGAAAUAUACUGUAGCGACUGUUUACUGUAGCAACUACACGUUAUUAACUACCCAAUCGGUAAAGUACCUAUGGAGUUUUGUCCGCUUGUUUGGGUCUUUCCGAGCAUGUGUUGAUGCACUGACACGAGAUUGGAGCUGCAUACAAGUUUUUGUCCAAAGGCACCGUUCUCUUUUGCCUCCAGUGGCUUCAUGACAAUGUUUGGCAAUGGAAUGUCUUAUGAACUCUUGAUUGCACCUGUCGCCCUCUAUGGCUCUAUAAAUAUAAGGCAAUACAUGUGGACCAAGUUCGCCAAGAGCUUCAUCACGGAAAUGGUUCUAAGCCCCAGUGGUGAAUGAACCUUGUGAAGCAGAAAUGGAACUGUGGCAGAUUCCUGUGUUAUGCGCCUUUGCUUGUUUUUUGGUCGUGUGUGAGGUAGAUGUUUAUGCAACUUCCAUCUAGAUUGCAGUUGUGUCUGGGAACUGAUAAUGUCGGUUGUAAACUUUGAUUUUUCAGUCUCAGUUUCACACUCGUUGGGAAAGCAAUUGAAACAUUCUGAUGUUCGGUGUUAUUAUUGAUGGUUAUUUGCAGCACCGCUGGCUUGUUGGUAUCUAUCAGGAUGUUUUUUAAUAGACUAUUACUUAUCAGGAUGUACAAUUUUUGUACAAUCUGUAGAGCAACUUUCGUGCCUCUCUUGGCAAUUAAUCUAAUUAAAGAUAAGUGUAGCAUAUAUAGCUAAAAUGCAGGUUCUAAAGCACUGAUAGAGUUUGUAUUCUGUAAAGAUUCAGCUAGCUUAGUCUUUGCGUGUAGCAUGGAUCGGAUCAGCGCCCUCCCCGACGAGUUGCUGCACAUCAUCCUCGGCUUGGUGGGCGACGCGCUCGCCGUCACCCGCACGGCCGCGCUCUCGCGGCGAUGGCGGCACGUCUGGGUCCACGCCAAGAGCCUGACGAUCGACGCCGCCGCGCCGGGCCGGUUCGUGGACUGGGUGCUCUCUCGGCGCGCCGACCAAGACAUGGGGUCCCUCCAGAUCCGCAUCUCCCCGCGGGGCCGCGCCCGCACCUCGCCGGAGCCUGCCAACGGGUGGCUCCGCUACGCAGCGCGGCGCGUCGUCGGGCCCUUCGCUCUGCGCUUCCGCGACUCCGGCGCGCCGCUGGCCGUGGAGCUCCCCGCCGCCGGCCUCGCCAGGACGACGUCCAUCGAGAUGGAUCUGUCGAAUGGCACGCUCCGGCUCCUGCCGCCGGCCUCCGCGGCGGCGGCGGCGUACGAGUCGCUGACGGCGCUCCUUGUCACGAACCUGAUCAAAGCAUCGCCAAGGCCAUGAGGGAGAAGAAGCCCAACACUCGCGUUGCCGGACCAAACUGGACCAAGUAGUGGUAGGCCCAUGAAACGGGCGACCGCAGCUGUCGCUCGGUCUGUAUUCUGCUUAUAUACUCUUUCGUGCGGAAAGGGAAAACUUGAUUUGGAACUCGACGGCACUGGCGGCGGCGAGCUUCGGCUCGAGUACUCCGGCGAGUCCACUUCCUUGUAUCCGAAACUUGAGAAAUACCAGAGCAGACCUCGUAGCUA